AGAAAAAAAAAAAAAAAAUUUAAUCACAACACAGUUCGCUUCAGCCGUGCUUCUGAGAGGAAGCAGACGAGAAAAUAUUAUUCUGAUCGCACGUGUGAAGUGCUCCCCGUUGGCAUUUUUUCUCUGGCGAAACCAUGGAAGUUGCACCGCAAAUCGAGAACAUUAAAUUGGAAGAUGGGACAAAUACGACGGCUGACGAUGAUGAUUUCGUUGAUCCAUGGACAGUAUCGAGCAAGUCCAACGCGGGAGUCGAUUAUGAUAAAUUGAUCAAACGCUUUGGAUCCUCCCACAUCGACGAUGCCCUGAUUGAGCGGCUUGAAAAAGUCGCUGGAAAACCGGUUCAUCCGAUGAUUCGGCGAGGGAUUUUCUUCUCGCAUCGCGAUCUCCACACACUGCUGAACAUGGUCGAGGCGGGGAAGAAAUUUUACCUUUACACGGGUCGGGGGCCAUCGUCGGACUCUAUGCACUUGGGACAUCUGGUUCCGUUCAUAGUUACCAAGUGGCUACAGGAAACAUUUGACGUUCCUUUGGUAAUUCAAUUGACGGAUGAUGAGAAGACCCUCUGGAAGGAUCUAACCGUGGAGCAGUCCAUGAGGAUGGCACGAGAAAACGCCAAGGAUAUCAUUGCGAUUGGUUUCGAUGUGAAUAAGACGUUCAUCUUUGCUAACCUUGAUUAUAUGGGUCGCUGCCCGGCGUUCUACCAGAACAUCAUAAGAAUUCAAAAAUGUGUUACCUUCAAUCAGGUAAAAGGUAUCUUUGGAUUUGGCGAUUCAGACGUUAUUGGGAAAAUUGGUUUCCCAGCGGCGCAAGCAGCGCCUGCCUUUUCAACAACGUUUCCUUUCAUUUUUGGAAACGAUAAACUACCUGUUUUGAUUCCCUGUGCGAUCGAUCAGGAUCCGUACUUCCGAAUGACUCGGGAUGUUUCCCCAAGGUUGGGAUUCCCGAAGCCAGCGCUGAUCCAUUCCAGUUUCUUUCCGGCUUUGCAAGGCGCGAAAACUAAAAUGUCUGCAAGUGAAGACAAUUCCGCAAUUUUCCUAACGGACACCCCUAAGCAGAUCAAAACUAAGAUCAACAAGCAUGCAUUUUCUGGCGGUAGACCAACCUUGGAGGAACAUCGAGAACUGGGUGGUAACACAGAUACAGAUGUAAGCUUUCAAUUGUUGCGAUUUUUCCUCUACGACGACGAUGAGCUGGAGCGUAUUCGUGUAGCGUACUCUACGGGUGAGUUGCUCAGUGGUGAAAUAAAGAAAAUAGCCAUCGAGACCCUACAACCGAUCGUUGCCGAUCAUCAAACUAAGCGGAAGGAAGUAACUGACGAAAUCCUGGAACAGUUUAUGGCUCUGAGACCGCUCAACUAUCAAAUUAACAUGCAGAAGAAAAAGUAACAGAAAAACCAACGCUUACGGAGACAACCUAAGGUACUUUGGAAUUGCGGACUAAAUGACACUUAUAUCAUGUUUAGAUUUCAGAUUUUCUACAUGCUGUAUAUUUUUUUAUCCAUGUUCAACAUGUUGUAAUUCUGUAAUCUAAAUCAGGUAUUUUCCUCUGCAAUUGAACUGUUAAAGUUAUUACUUAGAAUGCGAGUCGUUCCUUAUUUAUUAGCUAUUUAUAUCCGAUCAAACAACUGCUAACUGCGAUAAUUGUAUUCACCGAAAAGCUAUUAUAAAGAAUAACACGCAUAUGAAA